AUGGCUUCGAAAAGGGAGAAAGCAGUAAUCAGUGAGACGGUUUCGGAGGCGGAAGACAUACUCAUCGAGAUUGAAAAUGUCAGAAGCAGCAAAGACGCAGCAGCUACCAACGAUCAAUUGCCCAGCCUCCUGCAACGUCUCUACCUGGCUCUUUGCACACUCCAGCAGUACAAACGGAACAAAGAUCCUCCUCGAAAUGCGAUCGUCGAGGCAGAUAAUGCCCUCCUUGAAGCGUGGAAGGCCUUGCUGAAGACCAUCGAGACGUUGUCCGCAGGAGUUCCCAAUGGCCACUUUCUGGCGGCUCGCAUGACGCUCUUCCUCAUGCAUGCCUUUUUAUACCAGGAAGGCUUCCCAUAUGACUUGCAGGAUUCGGCUCUGAACCGAGACAGGGUGAAAAAUCAAAUGGCUUUCUCGAAUACCGUGGAUGAAGCGUUGCGAUCUCGGCUCAGCCUCAUCUGGGAGAAAAGCGGAAAAAAAGAGGACUUCAGCUGGGCUCUUACGCAUCUCGAAUCUAAGGAUGAUAUCAUCCGCACGGACUACAACCAAGCCGCCAUGAUGGCUCUUUCACCUGAAGAGUUGUGGAAAGUUCCCGGCAUGACGGGACAACAGCUGUGGAAGCCAAAGCCGGGUGAUGAACCGAUUUUUGAGCCCUUUGAGAAUGCUACGAGUUAUGAGUUUGCGGAAGACGAGUGGGAGGAUCUUGAAGACGAGACAGACCAGAACGAUGAUGACGACAAAGAGGAUGAAGAAGACGAUGAGGACGAUGAGAACAAGAGCAAUGAAGAUGAAAAUGUUGGUGAUGCGGAACAGCCAAUUAUCAGCCAGACACUAUUCUCAAAUGGACCUCUUGAAGGGGAGAUGGAGUAUUGCCUGGUCAAAGGGAAUGCGGAGUCAUGGCUAGAAGGUCCGCGUUUGAAACUUUCCCGGCAGUUUGUGCAAGAGGUAACAAAGAAAGCCUGA